CAAACUGUCGUCAAUGUUGAUUUAUGAUUUAUUUACAAAUUCAUAUUUAUGUACUUAUUGGAUAGAGGUUGACAAUAUAGUUUAAUACGAUGUCGACGUUUUCGGUGGCCCAAGAGGGCCCCGUGAACGCGUUGGCGUUAAACCGGGACAAUAAUCAAGUCGCCAUCGGGGGUCGCAACGUUUUCAAAGUCUAUCACAUCGAAGACGACAAAUUCCAAGAAAUCUGCAAUCUCAGGAGCUCGAAGCACUUGAGCCUCGGAUUCUCUUGCAACGACGUUUCAUGGUGCACGAUCGACGAUCAUUAUUUGGCAACGGCCGCCACGAACGGCCACGUGUGCGUCUGGAAUUUGACCAAAAUGGGCAAAGCGAUGCAGGAGCAGGACUAUCAGGAUCACAAGAGGACCGUCAACAAAGUUAACUUCCACGCCACGGAGGCUUACAAGCUUAUAUCGGGCUCGCAGGACGGCACCAUGCGUUAUUUCGAUAUCAGGACGAAAAACGCGGUCGCUGUCUUUCAAAGUAAUACGGAGAGUGUGCGGGACGUGCAGUUCAGUCCCCACAACCCUUACGUGUUUGCCGCCGUGUCCGAUAACGGUAGCGUCCAACUGUGGGAUGUGAGGAAACCUGAGAAGUACCAGCAACAGUAUACGGCCCAUAGCGGGCCAGUGUUCGCUUGCGACUGGCACCCCGAAACGAUGUGGCUCGCCACAGCGAGCAGGGAUAAAACCAUCAAGGUUUGGGACCUGAUCUCGAAACCCACAUUGGAGUAUACGAUCCAUACUAUGGCGUCGAUAGGCCAUGUAAAAUGGAGGCCCCAGUAUAAGUACCAUAUCGCCAGCUGCGCCAUAGUCAUCGACAGCAGCAUUAACGUGUGGGACGUGCGCAGGCCUUACAUCCCGUUCGCGUCUUUCAACGAGCACAGGGACAUCGCCAGUGGCGUCGCGUUCCGCGGGGAUCCAAACAUAUUUUUGAGCAGCGGCCGUGACAGUAUGCUUUACCACCAUUCGUUCGGGGACGCGCAGAGGCCCGCCAGCAAAGCGAACCUGCACGGUCUCACCGUCAACAGUAAGGGAGAGGUCACCCAGGCGAUAAAAAUCAAUACCGCCCCCAUGGUCAAUAACGGUAGCCACAGCUCGUUGACGAAGGCUGUGGGGAUCAAGAGGAAAACGUCGACGUCACAAACGGCCGACACGUUUCAUCAAGCGGUCAGCAACAUGUUCGAGUUCAAGCGCAGCAACUGCAAAAACGGCGACGAGGCUCUCACGUGUCUCGGCCUAGCGAAAAACUAUCUGCUACACGGUCGCAGCGUUUCGGAACUGUGCGAGCACAAUUCCGCCGUCGCCAGGCAAUUCGGCAAGGACGAGAUCGCAAACAUUUGGAAGAUAUUCAAGACGAUCUACGGCGAGGAGUUCGUCCAAAACUCGAUAAACAAUCUGAACAGUGGCGGCGCAGGGGACGACGUCGCGACGGUGAUCGAGACGCCGCUGGGCAACCACGAGCGUAACAUCGGGGUCGAGCCGGGGUCGGAACCGGAUCAAAAAUCGAAGGGAGGCGACACCCCGGGCGCCCAGUUCAGCGGCGGGGACGAGGAGACGGAGAACGAGGACCAACCCGACCACGCGUCCGCGAACAGUGCCUUUCCCAACUAUCUCAACGUCAGAAACGGCUGCCUGCCCAAGGGCGAUUUUUCCUUCGGCGAAAACGAGCUCGACGUCGAAUUGGACGGCGUCGGCCCAGAUUUCCAUAACGGUUUCCAAAUCUACAACCACAUCACGCCGCGAUUCAGUCAGGACUGGACCCUGCCCAACGAGGCGUUCCCCGUGAGGCACGAGAUAACCGACCAGUCGCCGCCCCCCGAACAGUUUCCCAACCAUUUCCACGCCCCCGACCUCCACGAGGAGACCCACACCGUGCAGUACGACGACCAGCCGCCCGGGCUGCUCACCUUGUCGAAACCGCCCAAGAAACGGAUAUGGGACUCUGCCGAGAUAGUGAUCGACGCCCUCAAGCACUACGCCGACUUGGGGGACACUCAGACCUCCGCGACCGUUUUGAUCGUCUUGGGGGACAGUAGGCGUUACCUUUCCGCUACCGACUUCAGACUUGGGAGAGAAGUAGAAGUCUGGACCCGCAUUUAGACUCUUUAAAUUGGGAGCAAUAAAAUAACACGAAGUAUGUUUUUUUUUAAUUUUUAUUAUUUUUUUGGUUAUUUUGGCAUCCAGAAAAACAUCUUAUCCUCCAAAGCUAUUCAUCCUAUAGCAAAAAUUUUACAUUCGUAAUACGUGGGAAAGCCGGCGUUAUAACUUUCGUUUCACACAUUUUUUCUAUUAUAUACAAGGUGUUUUAGUGAUGGAGAAAAAUCUAAAAGACCCUGAAAAUUGUUUUUUUAGAAAGUAAGUAAGUAAGUAAUUGUUAAGCGUAUAUCAAAAUUCGUACAAACAAUAGCUAAUCACGUACGCUGUUCGAAAUAUUUGAAAACAUCCAUAUGAAAAUCGCUGAUUCUCGCCCCCAAUCUAGACGCGAUGACGUCAUUUACUAUUACCACGUACUUUUUUCAGAAACAAAUAUUUCUUGAAAACCACUUACUCCAUUGAAGAAAAUCAAAUACCAGGAAACGUGGGAGAUCCAGGGCUAUAACCUCUAUUUCGAACAUUAUUUGAAUCAUAUACAGGGUGUGUCGUUUAUGGGCAAAAAUAUCAAGAACAUCCAAAAAAUUUCCGGGUUUGUUGGUAAAUUAUUGGGGAUAAAUGAAAGACUGCUAAAAAUCCAUUAAUUUGAUUUG